AUGGCUUCGCAUCAACUGGCCAUUGCAAAGGCCUCCCUUUCGGCCGGGCUGCUACGCCCCGACCCCACGUCGGUGCCGCGCGACGACAUCACCGCGUUUCACUCUGCACUCGACCGGGCGCUAUCCCAUUGCUCGUCAGCAAACAUCCAGGCCUGUAAAUCAUGGCUGCUCCGCCAUGUCGUCUCCUCAUCCAACCGGGUGGGAGUUUGGGCCAAGUACCUCGCUGCCUUGUCCGGCUCGUUCGCCGCGGAAGAGGGUGCUCCUGCGACGUCGGCCAAGCGAAAACGCCUGCAUAUCAUGUACCUGCUGAAUGACGUCUUCCACCACACCAAAUAUCACAUGGGAUCGAGGGCCGCCUUCUCCACCGUCAGCGGCUCGCUGCAGCCGUACAUCGUGGAGUUGCUGGGCUACGCCGCCUCCUACGACCGAGAAAAGAACCCGAAACACCAUCGACGACUGGACGAUCUACUGGACAUCUGGGAGGCCAACGAAUACUACGGCAGCGAUUAUGUCGGCAAGCUGCGCGAGGUUGUCAAGACCUCGGCCUUGUCGGGCCCCGUCAAAGCGUCGAUUGACGUCGAGACGAGCAAUCUGGAUGCGACAAAUAAGCCCUCCGGAAAGGAUGUGCCGUUUGUGAUGCCAGCGACCCACGGAGAUCCUUCGACCCCUUUCUAUGACCUCCCGGCUGGGAAUCUCAUUCCUCACAUUAUCCCGAAUUCGACCAUUCCUCUGCGCCCCGAUACGGUCAAGCCCCUGCAGUUUCUGGCGGGGCCGGCAGACCAGAAGCUGGUAACGGCAGUCAAGGCAUUUCUAAAGGAUGUUGACCGGAUCUACGAGUCCACCCAGCCCGAGCCGCAGGAUGGUGAGAUGGUCGACAUCGACGAUCUGGGCGAGGUCGUAAUCCGAGAGGACAAAUCUGGCGAUGUCCUUGACGGCGAAACCUAUUAUGGGUGGAAUGUGAGAGCCAGUUCCCGGAGCCGCAGCCGCAGCCGCAGCCUGACUCCUCGGAAAAGGAGGCGAUAUAGCAAUAGCGUGGCAAGCGACGACAGCCGAUCGAGUCGGUCCCGGUCGCGCAGUCAAACUCCACCUCGCAGAGCCUCCGGUCGAAAGUACGACUCGCGGUCUCGAUCUCGAUCGCGGCCGUCCCAAUCCUAUUCCCCACGGAGGCCCUCCCCUCCGCGCGCUCAUCCCCCGACCCACCAUCCUCCUCCCAAUCCAUAUGGCCCCGGCCACGCACCUCCCGCGCCCGCAUAUCCUCCUCAUCACCAGCACCAUCCACCUCCACCCCCACCUCAUUAUCCCAUGCACUUCGCAGGCGGUCCGCCGGGCGGGCCUCCCUUCCCGCCGCCCGGGAUGUUUCCUCAGGGCGUUCCACCUCCUCCGCCUCCGCAAAACUAUCAGGGGUCCUGGCCUCCUCCACCACCUCCUUCGAUGCAGAAUUGCGGACCCGCACCCGGCAUGAACACGUCGCACUUCCCUCCGCCAUACCAGGCGCAGGGCGGGCAAUACCCGUCUAUGCACCGCGGUCCAGGAUUAGGCCCUUCGCAGCAAAUGCCUCCGGGGUCAUAUCACUUCCCUCCUCCCCAUUCGGGCGGCCAAGGACAGGGACAGGGACAGGGCCCGGGACAAGGACAAGGGCAGGGAAUUAGUGGCCCGUGGCCGAAGUAG